CUUCUUGACUCCAGGCCUGGAGCUUUAUCCACUGUGCCAUCUAGUCUGCCCCACCUUAAUCCUUACUCAGUGCUUUCUUCUCUUCUGGACUCCUACUGCACUAUAUACCACUAAUUUUGGCAUUUAGUGCCAAUACAAAGUUGUACAAAUGUUCUAUGGGCUCAUAGCUUGUGUCUAGGAGAGUGUAAACUUUUUGAGGACCAGGGACAGUGUCAUAACUGAAUCCCCUGCAGUGGAUUAGCUCAGAUUUGGUUAUAUAAUGCCCCACUAAGCUCUUGUUGAAUCAUGCAUAAUUAAAAAAAUUACCCCUUUUAGUAGUCAUUCAAUGCUCCCCAGCCCAACCUUCCUGUCUCUUUUUCUACUUUUCCUUCUUUUGCUUCACAAUUGCUUUAUCUUUACUACACACUGAAUCAGAGUGCUUUCCUGUGUGCCCCAUCACCACCAGAUCAGGGGCUCUCUACAGACAGAAACUACGUUAUCCUCCUUGGACCAAGGGCUCUAGAAGGGGUGUAGAUAAAAUCUGCUCAGGGCAGGGAUAGGAUCCUAUUCUCUCUCCCUCUUGUGAAAGAUGCCCUCUAACUCAGUUAACUCUGAGAAGGGGAAUAGAAGGGUGAAAUUUUUUGAAUUUUCUGUGUUCUCCCUGAUAAUGCAUUCAUUCUCAAAGUAUCUGAAGCACUUUCCUCACCUACCCUGUGAGGUAGGUGGUGUAAGAAGUACUAUCCUCAUUUUAAAGAGAAAACUGAGGCUCAGAGAUUGAACUAAGGUUUUCUGAUUGCAAGGACAAUGCUCAUUCCUGCUACAUCAUCGUAUCCUCUCAAAUAAGGCUGCAUCUGCGUCAGGGUUUGAUUUACCCCGGGCUACACGUGGCAGAUGUACUAUAGCAAAUAGCACUGCUUUACAGGAAUCUGUUUGUCUCUGACUCUAAGGCAACCUGUCCUUUUCUUCUAAGUCCCUCCCCUUGCUCCAUCAACUCCCCCUAGCCCUGCCCUGCAGCCCUGGACACAACAGGCAUACACAGGGUGGAGCCUGAUUGAGAAGUGAGCCCUUUUCUAGUGCAGGGCCAUGGCCAGCUCUGCCUUCCCCCCAGGGCUACCACCUCGAGGUCCUUAUUACAUCCCAGGGUAUACUGGACAUUGCCCACAACUUGGGUUCGGCCUGGGUAAGACCUAUGGACAACUGACUGGACAGCUGCUGCUGUCUGGUCCCUCUGGCCUAGCCUGGCCCCCUGCCCACCGCAUACUUCUGCCCCCGAUCAAAACUCCUGGACCUCCUCGGACAGACAAGCAUUCCUGGCAUGGACAUGAGAGGAUUAAGUCCAACAUGAUCCCAGGGUACACAGGCUUUGUGCCCCGGUCUCAGCACAUCUUUGCCAAGAGAUGCACUCAGGUCUGGGCUGAAGCUCUGAGGGACUUCACUAGCCAUCUAGGUACAGGGUAUAAAGAGCUGCCAGAGGCUGAGAGAAAGGAAUUGGAGUGUAAGACACAGGAUGAGCAGAAGUCUCAGGCAGAAAAACAUCUGAAGCUGGAACUGGAGCCAGAGCAAAAACUAAAAGCAUCCCCCUAUUCCAUGGAUGACAAAGAUCCUAAUAAGUUCUUCAUCUCAGGGUUUACUGGAUAUGUGCCCCGAGCCCGUUUCCACUUUGGCUCUAGUUUCCCUAUCCUCACCAAUCAGGCUCUGCAGGAAUUUGGGCAGAUGUGCCCAGGGGCCAGGGGCCAGAGGGACCAUAAGCUUCUUCCCAGCCUUUCCAGGACCUACUUACAGAAUGUGGUGCCCUGCUACAGGGGUAAUGUGCCAGAAUUCUUCCAGGAAUAGAAAUUUGCAGACUUCACCCUCUUCUCCAGACCUUUAGAACCUCUUCGGUUUUCCAAUAUUAUUCAAAAUCAUUUCAGCAAUCAUCUAUGAAGCAGCUAUAUGGUACAAUGAAGAGUGCUGGGCCUGGCAUCAGGAAGAGCUGGGUUCAAAUCCAGCCGCAGACACUUACUAGCUGUGUGACC